AUCCCGCCCGGCGCCAUGUCUGUUUCUGAGUAUUACAUCGCGGUGAAACUAGCCGACCAGCCGCUGGCUCCUAAGUCCAUCCUGCGGCUGCCGGAAACGGAACUGGGCGAAUGUCCCUUGGGCUGCUGCAGCAUCUCCUACCUGAAACAGCUCAUCACCGGGAAACUGCAGGAAUCUGUCCCCGACCCAGAGCUUAUUGAUCUGAUCUAUUGUGGCCGGAAGCUGCGGGACGACCAGACCCUAGAAUUUUAUGGGAUCCAGUCCGGUUCCACGGUCCACGUCCUCCGCAAGUCUUGGCCGGAACCGGAUCAGAAACCAGAGCCAGUGGAUAAAGGGGCUGCUGUUCGGGAGUUCCGGGUUCUGCACACCGCCUUACACAGCAGCCCGGUCUUCCGGGAUUCGGUCUUCAAAAUGCUGGGGAACAAGGAGUCCUUGGAUCAGAUCAUCGUUGCUACUCCUGGGCUGAACAGCGACUCGUUCGCUUUGGGGGUUUUGCAGGAUAAGGAUCUUUUUUCUGUCUUUGCUGAUCCGGUCAUGCUGGACACGCUCAUCCCAACCCAUCCCGCUUUGGUGAACGCCAUCGUCCUGGUCUUGCAUUCCGUGGCGGGCAGCACACCCCUGCCCACCCCGGAGAGCUCCUCACGAAGCAUGCCGUCCAGCUCCUACCGGGACAUGCCAGGUGGUUUCUUGUUCGAAGGUCUCUCGGAUGACGAAGAUGACUUCCAUCAGAGCACGAGGACGACUCCUUCCAGCAGCACAUCUGGGUCCCGCCCUGCCUCCCUCGGCUACACCGGGGCAGCAGGACCCCGGCCCAUCACCCAGAGUGAGCUGGCGACAGCACUGGCGCUGGCCAGCACCCCCGAGAGCAGCUCACACACCCCGACUCCUGGGACACAGGGCCAUUCUUCAGGCACGUCGCCCAUGUCCUCCAGCGUCCAGUCGGGCACGCCCAUCACCAAUGACCUCUUCAGCCAGGCUCUGCAGCACGCCCUGCAGGCUUCCGGGCAGCCCAACCUGCAGAGCCAGUGGCAGCCGCAGCUGCAGCAGCUGAGGGACAUGGGCAUCCACGAUGACGAGCUCAGCCUCCGAGCCCUGCAGGCCACCGGGGGGGACAUCCAGGCCGCCCUGGAGCUCAUCUUUGCCGGAGGAGCCCCCUAGCGCCCCUCCCCUUUCUGCAGAGGCCCCGGAAACUGGGA